AUGAAUGGUCAACGAGGUGACGACUUGGACGAUGACUUCGUGCCAGAUGAACUCGUUGCUACCUCUGGUGAAGAGGAUAAUGGUCCGGGCGAUGAUAUAAGUGGUCUUCUUAGUGCAGAUGAAGAUGCUGAGGAAGCGGAGGUUUAUAUCAAGGAGAAAUCAAUGACAGAAAAGAAACGCAAACGGAGGGAGAAGGAGAAGGAGCGCAAGAUCAAGAAGAGGAAGUUAGCAGAAACAGUCGAGGUUAUCGAGCCUCUUUCAGUGGCAGCGCAACCUGCUCACAAACUCGCAGACUAUGUCUCAUCUAUGCAGGUCAAAGCUUUCCCUGCAAUGUCUGAGAUAGAACUCAGCGACGUCUUGAUACCCGAAGCAUCGAUCGCGGAUACGGCGAUAUGGACGGGAUCGAGAACAUUAGACAAUCUGGUUGAGUUCAUCAUCGAAGUUCUCCCGACACUACACACCCGUCUGUCGCAAAGAUCCAAAGUGGCUGGAGCUCCCACCUUGCUGUUCAUAGCCGGAGCUGCACUCCGGGUUGCUGAUGCGACCAGAGUUCUCAAAGAUAAGAGGCUGCGCCGUGAGAAGGGUGCAGAUGUAGCAAAGUUGUUUGCGAGACACUUUAAACUGGAAGAGCACGUUUCUUAUCUCAAGAGGUCAAAAAUUGGUUCUGCUGUCGGGACUCCUGGAAGAAUCGGGAAACUAUUAUGUGAAACCGGUGAGCUAGAUACUAUCCUGGCACAUAAAACACACUUUCAAUGUUUCUCAGACGCCCUUUUGGUGUCUCAGCUCACACACAUUAUCCUGGAUAUCUCAUAUCGAGAUACAAAGAAAAGAAGUUUAUUGGACAUCCCAGAGACUCGGGACGAAGUAUUCCGAACUGUUCUAGGGGCGCCGAAGGUACUCAAGGGUAUUCAAGAGGGGAAAAUCCAACUGGUGUUUUUCUAG